UCCUGCAGCAGAGGAAGAUUAGUCUCAGCGAGUGAAGAGCGCUGUGAGAAAGUCAAGAGACUCCGCGCUCACCGUGGCGGAGCAGACCAGAGCUCGCCAUCCGCGGCAAGGAAGGAGAAACGCUGCUGAGGGAUCUGUCCCGCCACCGAUUCCCCGGUCCGUAGAUCGUCGUGUCGACCCGUAAGACAGGGCCGAGGCGUGGAGAUCAGGGAAGCCUCCUCCAAGGACUCGCUGUCGUCUGUGGCGCCGCGGAGAAUCGCGCAUUAUGGGAAACGCAGCUACUGCCAAGAAAGGCAAUGAACUGGAGAGCGUGAAAGAGUUUCUAGCCAAAGCCAAAGAAGAUUUCUUGAGAAAAUGGGAAUCACCACCACAGAGCACAACUGGUUUAGAUGACUUCGAGAGACUGAAGACGUUGGGCACGGGCUCUUUCGGGAGAGUCAUGCUGGUUAAACACAAGGCUACAGAUCAGUUCUAUGCCAUGAAGGUUCUGGACAAACAAAAGGUGGUGAAGUUGAAACAAGUGGAGCAUACGUUAAAUGAGAAGAGAAUAUUACAAGCAGUAUCCUUCCCGUUCCUCGUCAGAUUGGAAUACGCCUUCAAGGACAACUCUAAUUUGUAUAUGGUGAUGGAGUAUGUACCAGGAGGGGAGAUGUUCUCACAUCUUAGAAGAAUCGGAAGGUUUAGUGAACCACAUGCACGGUUUUAUGCUGCACAGAUUGUCCUGACCUUUGAGUACCUCCACUCACUAGACCUCAUCUACAGAGACCUGAAACCUGAAAACCUACUCAUUGACCAGCAUGGAUAUAUACAGGUAACAGACUUUGGUUUUGCAAAAAGAGUAAAAGGCAGAACCUGGACUUUAUGUGGAACUCCAGAGUACUUGGCGCCAGAGAUCAUCCUCAGCAAGGGAUACAACAAGGCUGUGGACUGGUGGGCCCUUGGUGUUCUCAUAUAUGAAAUGGCAGCUGGAUAUCCCCCAUUUUUUGCAGACCAGCCUAUUCAGAUCUACGAGAAAAUUGUGUCUGGAAAGGUACGAUUCCCCUCGCACUUCAGUUCCGAUCUGAAAGAUCUGUUGAGGAAUCUGCUGCAGGUGGACCUGACCAAGCGCUACGGCAACCUGAGGAAUGGUGUCAAUGAUAUCAAAAACCACAAAUGGUUUGCCACAACGGAUUGGAUAGCCAUCUAUGAGCGAAAGGUGGAGGCGCCGUUCAUACCAAAGUGCCGAGGUCCUGGAGACACAAGCAACUUUGAUGACUAUGAAGAGGAAGACAUUCGUGUAUCUGUUACAGAAAAAUGCGCAAAGGAGUUCUCAGAGUUUUAGUUACGGACACAUCAAAGCUAGACAUAUAUGCAUAUAUACAUAUAUUUACUUAUCUAUAUAUGUAUAUGUGUGUGUGUGUGUGUGCAUCACACAACACAUCAAAUAAGGGUAUCUUUGCACUCUAAAGACAUGGGAUGAGCAGAGAGCACAUCACCGUCAGAGUUCUUGUGUACUUCCUUCAUUCCAUUGGGCUUUAGAGGUCACCGGGGUUCUCAUGCUCUUAACCAUCAUGCACUGCUCCUUCAGUUCACUCUCUUCCUGCUCCGUUUUCGCUUUGUCAAAUGACCUGUUCGACAUUGUGUUCCCCAUUUGAAAGCUUAUUUUUUUGACAGAUGUUUAAGUAUGGCAUUACAAAUAUGGACUUGGGGGGGAAACACAAACACAAAGGCCAAUUCAGCAUUGUUAGUCCUUUUUUUUUUUUUUUUUUUUGUUCAUGGCGGCAUCAUACAGUGUUGUUAUUUGAAAGGUAGCCGUUGCCUGUACCUAUUGGCAUUUUUUGGUGUUACACAUCCAUGUCGUUUUUAUUUUCACCUUUAGACCAAAACAACUGACAACCUUUUCAGGUUUUUUUUUUUUUUUUUGUUCCGUGUGCAAAUCUGUCGAAUUCAGAGCAUUUUUUAUUUUAUUUAAACCACGUUGUGUGUUGAAAGCAUGACCAAAACCAUCGUGUUGUGAACGGCAGAGAAGGAGGUCUUAACUCUUCAGAUUUGCCUUAGAAACUCGAUAUUACAGAGCCCACAGAAUGAUUGCAUUACAGAUGUUACAGUGAUCUUUAUAUCACGAUGUUACAGUGAAGGUCCAGUCUCAUGCAUAUACUGACAGAUGUUGUUAGCAAUAUAAAACAUAUCUUAUUUUACCACUUUUGUGCAUUUUUAUUCAUUAUACAAAGGUUUUAUUCUGAAAUAGAAGAUAAAACCUUUAAAGAUCAUUUUAACAGUGCUGUUUAUCAUCGGAUAUUUAAGAAAAACAGCAAAUGCAUUGGUGCAACUGCUAUAGGAUGAAUUAGAUUAUCACAGUGAGGCACUUAUCAGUUACAUAUCAGUUCACCGUUUUUGUCACCGUUUUUAAUUUGUCAAUGUUGAAGCUGUUUUGCAAAGUUCUCUCUUAACUGAAAAUUGUAAAACUGCCAAAACUAUAUGUUGUCUCCAUUGUUGCUGUUGAACUUUUGUCGUUCUUUUAUUCUUAUGACCGAAUGUAGUGUUGAAACUUCUAGAUAUGCAUAUUGUUUGACAAGUUUGAGUUUUGAGGUACAUUCUCACAGACAUAUACUAAGAAACUGAAUAUGUGAAAGAGAGAAAAAAACAGAGGUUAGUAAGCCUCUUCUCCUUUGUAUCACCUAUAAUCCAGUUAUUGUUCAGCUCAUAAUGCGUAUAUGCAUUAUUUCUUAUAAAUGUUUUUAUUUAUACACACAUUAGAGAGAUGCUAAUAAAUUUUAUUUUUAAGA